UAUUUUAUUUAAUAACUUUAGGCUGUUUUUUUGGUUGGUGAGUGUCAACUGGCAGCCUUUCCCUUUCAUGCAUACCGUCUUUUUUUUCCCUAUCUGAUUGGGUGUCUUCUGUUUUGAGUAAGAGCAGCGAGUGACUCAGCUGCAAAUCGACCAAAUAUGGCGUCUCAAGAUGAACAAGACCCUCGGAUUUCCAACAUUUCUUCUGCGAUUCGUGUCAUCCCUGACUUCCCAAAACCUGGGAUAAUCUUUCAAGACAUAACAACUUUGCUUCUUGAUACCAAAGCAUUUCGUGAUACUAUUGAUUUGUUUGUUGAGAGGUACAGAGGGAAAGAUAUAUCUGUCGUUGCAGGUAUAGAAGCAAGGGGAUUCAUUUUUGGCCCACCUAUAGCAUUGGCUAUUGGGGCAAAGUUUGUUCCUAUGAGGAAACCCAAUAAAUUGCCGGGGGAGGUUUUAUCGGAGGAGUAUUCUUUGGAGUAUGGAAAGGACACAAUGGAGAUGCAUGUUGAUGCUGUCAAAGCAGGAGAACGUGCUUUGAUAAUAGAUGAUCUUGUUGCCACUGGUGGAACCUUGUCUGCUGCAAUCAGCCUACUCGAACGCGUAGGGGUGCACGUUGUGGAGUGUGCUUGUGUUAUUGAAUUACCCGAGCUAAAGGGACGGGAACGGUUAGGAGGGAAACCACUGUUUGUUCUUGUAAGCUCCACUUGAUCAUCUUACAUAUUUUAUGGUGCAAGAGCUUGUUUAUUGGCCUUCAUUGAGUGUUGCAACAUGGCUAGAACUUUCCCCGAAAGCCUCGAAUAACUACUAUGUUAAAUAAAAAGAGCUACAUUAGGUAAAUAAGGUGAGACGUUAGAUUGAACUAAGAAGUAUGAUAACUUAGAUGUUGAUGUUUCCUGUUUCUCUAAAGAGCGAGUAUGGUGGACAAAGCUUUAUGUUUCUGCCUGUAAGGAUGGUUGAUUUGCCUUGUAUCAUAUGAUGAAAGGUAUAUUAUGUUGUUAA